AUGCUUUACAAUACUCAGUUUGAAAAUACAACAUUUAUAAAACAAGAAAGCGCGAACGCCAACGCAAAGAAAUCGCGAUUUUUCUGGAAAUUUUGCCUGUUGACAACGUUUCCGUGUCACAUGACGAUGAGUCGGACACCGUAGUCUGUAUUAUGUGUACUGUGUACGUUUGAAGGGAAGCUACUCCCACAAUAUUCAGUGACUUGACAACAUGUAAACAAACAAUGGUAUCAUAGGCACAUGUGCACUGCAGAUAGAGGAUAUCUGUCUGUAAUAUUAGACAUUUGUAAUUCAAGUAUCGCAAAAUGCAAGAGAAAGCUCCGAGGCGAAAACCAGCCUCCCCCCGAAUUAUCGGACUGGACAUAGGUGAUACAACUUGUAGAGUAAGCACAUGGUCAUCUAAAUCAGGAAAACCAGAAACUGUGGUGGACGAGUUGGGUAACAGAUGUAUACCAUCUGCUGUGGCGGUUACUGACACAGGGGUGCUAGUGGGGCACGAAGCUCUUGGAAUCCUGGCCAAAAAUCCUCACAACGUCUUUACAGGUAUUAUAGGCCUCUUGAAAGAAGAUCCAGAAGAAAGACGACUUAAAGUGGAGGAAAAUGGUAAAGAUGUGACUUUCUCACCAAAGGAUAUUCUCACUCAUCUACUGGUUAAAGUGGCAGACAUUGUCCAUGAAAAAUUUGGCAAAGACACUGUUGACACUGUAGUGGCCGUUCCUGUGGAUUUGUCUGACGCUGGUCGACAGGCCGUCAAAGAUGCGUGUAGUGAUGUGGGUCUCAACAUACUGAGGGUCAUUAAUGAAGCAACAAGUGCGUGUAUUGCUCACGAACUUGAUAAUAAGUUUCCAGAUAAAGAGAUCCACGCGUUGGUAAUUGACAUGGGCGGAAGUACCUUCAAUCUUACUAUUCUACUCAUUGAAGAUGGAAUAUACGAAGUAGUCCAUACAGCUGCGCAUUCAGAUGUUUCCGGAAAUAAAUUUGACGAACGUUUGGCAGAUUUUCUUAUCAACGCACACGACAAGAAAAACAAGACUAACCUGCGGGAUGAUGCAAGAAUCAUGCAACGCAUGCGCACUGCAUGCUGUAAGGCAAAAGAAUGUCUUUCGUCGUCUUCAUAUACGAACAUACUUAUCGAAAACUUGCAAAAUGACAAAGAUUACAAAACCAGCGUAACAAAACCAAAAUUUGAAGAGUUGAAUAUGGACCUUUUCCACAAUGCUGUUAAACUGGUCGAUGGAUCAUUGAAGAAUUCACACUUGAGUGAAGAAGAUAUUUAUGUGGUGGUGAUGGUUGGAGGCUCAACGAAAAUACCAAAGUUAGUGGAAAUGAUGACCGACAGAUUCCAAGGACGUGUGUUAGCGAGUAGCAUUGACCCAGAGGAUGUUGUUUCAUUUGGCUGUGUUAUGCAGGCGAUGGUGCUGGCAGGAAAUGUUUGUCCUGGACAGUUGACCGACCUCCUCUUGCUUGACGUAGAACCCUUGUCAUUAGGUUUGGAAACUGCAGAAAAUGUCAUGACGGUUAUGAUACCUCGAAACGCAACAGUGCCUUGUAAAAAAUGUAUGACAUUUACAACUUAUCAUGACAACCAGGUCACAAUGCUGUUCCGGUUGUUUGAAGGCGAACGAUGUUUCGCCACUGAUAACAACGACCUCGGUAUGUUUGAAAUGACUGGGAUUUGGGCUGAGCCUCAAGGUCGGGCACGGAUCGACGUUACGUUCGAUAUUGAUGCAAAUGGCGUACUUACUAUAACGACAGUAAACAGGUUUUCCAGGAAGACGCAGUCGUUUUCUUUGACGAAUUUCAAAUCUUAUUACGACAUGGAUGAGCUCGAGGACAUCAUUGAAACUGCAAACGAUACACGAGAAAGUGAUGAAAAGAAGAUGUUAGUGCUAACGUCAAAACUGCUUCUAUUAAGCUUCAUAACCAACUUGGAGUCGGCUAUGGAGGAGAGGGAAACGGAUAUAAAUAUUGAUGUGAAAGAAACAGUAACGAAAAAAUGUAGAGAAGUGAGAGACUGGAUGGCAAAUCAAGAAUCUGUCGAACAAAGCAUGUAUGAAGAAAAGUUGUCCCUACUAGAGAAUGAGAUCUGUAGCCAUAGAAACCUUAACCGUGACAUAGUAACGCAGUGUAGAAAUCAUCCGUUACACUUUAUCAGUGGUCGAACUGUUAAUAAUGGCGCUACAAAAUCCCAGGGGCUAGCCAAGGGGUGGGGCAAGGGGAGGGUCAAGGGGAGGACGAGGGGAAACGCCUCAUCUACACCUGUCGUCAGUGUGCCCUCCACUCGGCCUGUUCCAGCCGUGGAGUUCCCAAUAGAGGAGGUGGAUUAAACGUCAUCCUUAGUCUCCAUUCUGAUCAUCAUCGCCACAACAUACGGACCGAACGAUGUCUUCUAAACUGAUCAAUCAUAUUGGAAACUCCCGGCUAUUCAUGGUUUUACUGUUGCAACGAGUACAUAUACAUUAUAAAAUCAAAUGAAAUAGGGACUAGAUAUACCUAUCAUUGUUGUACCUGUAUACUGUCCAGUAGUUAAUUAUUGAAAUUGCGUGGGAGUCUACUCGUGCUAUAGGAAUUUAUCAAUAUAUAGUGUACAGUGAGCAUGUCAUCUGUCAGUCAUACGUUAGUGUAGAUCAUAGUUGGACUGAUAUCGGAAUUAACUCAUACAAUGUAUUCCCCCAAACUAAAAUAGCAUUGGUAUGCUUUGUACAUGUAGGUAUCAAUCUUGUAGGAAUGUGUUGUAGUCAGAAUUUUAAAAUCAUAUAGAUAAAACUACAAGUGGUUGAGUUA